AUGUCGUGGCGGACGUCCGCCGCCCCCGCGUCCACCGCAGGCGCCGUCGACGCGACGGCGCUCAACGCGUUCCUUCGCGCGGGGCAAGCCGCGGCGACGACGCCCGGGACGAAGCUCUACGUCGUCAUGGGGAACGAAGCCGCGGACCUGGACUCGAUCGCGUGCGCGAUCGCGCUGGCGACCAGCCUGGACCGCGACGGCGUCGCCGCGGAAGCGAACGAGCGCGUGAUCCCGCUGAUCGCCAUCCCGCGCGACGACUUUUCUCUUCGCGCGGACGCGGCGUGGCUCCUUCGCGACCUCGGCGUGGACGUCUCCUCGCUCGUGUUCCUUGACGACCUCGACGUCGCGGCGCCUCCGAGCGGCGUGGAGAUCGCCGGGUUGACGCUCGUGGAUCACAACGCGCUCUCGCCGCGGUUGGCGGCGUCCGCCGCCGCCGCGCUCGCGUCGAAGACGGUGCUCGUGAUCGAUCACCACGAUGACGAGAAGAAAUACCCGGACACCGCGUUCGUCACGAUCGAGCCCACGGGCUCGUGCGCGACGCUCGUGUUCGAGCGCAUCGCGAAGACGCGCUCGUGCGCGAGAGACGUCCUGUGCGCGGGCGGUCCGAUCGCGACGAUGCUGUUCGCGGCGGUGCUGAUCGAUACGCAAAAUUUGGACCCGGCGGCGACGCGGUCGACGCCGCGCGACGUCGCCGCGGUGGACGCGCUCGCGCCGCGCGUCGCCGCGAAAGUCGGCGACGUCGCCCUCGUCGACGCGAGCGACGCGAGCGCGCGAAUUGGGUUCUACGAGGAGCUGAAGCGACGGCGGUUCGACCAGCGCGGGCUCUCGCCGCGGGAUCUGUUGCGGCGGGACUAUAAGCAGUGGACGAUGGGCGACGGGCGGUGGGGGUGGGAGGUGGGCGUGGCGUCGUUCGGCGUCCCGUUGACGGAGAUGGGCGGGCGCGGCGGUGGCGACGACGCGUCGUCCGUGGUAACGGCCGCGUGCGAUGCGUUCGCGCGGGAGCGGGGGCUGGACGUGCUCGUGUUGAUGGCGGCGUUUGACGACGCGAACGACGGCGGCGCGUUCGCGAGGCAGCUCGCGUUUUGGCUCCCGUCCGCGGCGUCCUCCGGCGGCGCUGGCGUCGACGCGGAGACGCGCUCGAAACGCGACGCCGUGCUUCGCGAGAUGAUCGCGGAGACGCUCGCGCCCGCGCUCGGCGGCCUGGAGCGACUGGACGCGGAGGAGGGCGCCGUCGGGGCGUUCGAAGGGCGCGCCUACGCGCAAAGGGACGCGCGCGCGUCGAGGAAAAAACUGCAGCCCGCGAUGGCCGCGCGGCUGAGCGAGACACCCAAGCCGCGGUAG